GGCAGAUGAGAGGUGAGAAUUCAUCUGAGUGCGAGUAUAGAAUGAGCUCAAUAGUGCAGAAGAUGGACACCGAGUGCUUCAAAGGCUCCUCCUCUGCACUGAGCUCAGUGCCAAAAGCGGGGCCCUCUAAAGACUGAUCACUUAAUUAAAGUGAAUGAAUAAUCAGAUGGCGCCCACCAUGGAGGGCACACACACCGUCCUGCGUCUGCACAAACCCGUCCGGGAGCUCAGCCGCAUCAGCCCGUACAUUCCUCCCGUCAAGAGGCAAAGGUUCACAUACAAGGGCGGGGCUCCGUCCAGGGCCCAACCCCCUAAUAGCCAUGACCGGAGGGGGGAGGAGAGAGCAGGAGAAAAACAGAAGGGCCAGUCUUGUAAGAAUGCGAGCGAGAGCCAGAACUCCAGGGAAGCAACAAAGGGUGCCAUUGCGGAGCUCCACCGGCUCGGGGCUGAGCACCACCAGUUGCUGGCCGACCUCUUCGCUCUGUGCGCUGACUGUGCCGCCAGGGUCAGGAUGGGCAACCAGGACGGAAAGCCCACGGAUUACGAGGAGGGCGGGAUGAGCCCACCUGCGGAGGUUUUGACUAGCAGCAACCUGCAGCACUCCCUCACCCUUUCCCCAGAGUACAAGAGGGCUGCCUCGCGCACUCGCAAGCUGAAGAAGCUGGGGGUGAAGAAGACGGACAGCGCGGAAGAGUUCCUGCAGAGCAAGAUGAAGAAGAAAGUAAAGACCACCAAGAUGGAGGCUACGGAAGGACUCCAGUCACUUGAAAAUGAGAAGGGCUUGGAGACCCCUUCCUCCACACUGGGGUUUGACACAUCAGGGACGGUUUUGAGCGGUGGCAAUCUCACUAUGGAGGACAACUUCCAUGUCACUCAGGACGGUUGGGAAUUCAUGGAGGAUUCCUGCAACUUUGAACCGGACAUGGACCUUUGUAGUGAGCUCUCCGAAUACGACAACGAGCUCUACCUUGGCUACGGUGUGAGCUCCAGUUUCCUGGAGGAGGUGCAGGACCAAAUCCGACAGGAGCAAAUGCUCAGCGGGAACAACGUACGCCCUUUUUAUAACCAGGACAACGGUCCCAAGCAGGAGGAGACCCAGCAGCCCUCUGUACAGUCGGCCCUCCAGCUGUAUGACCAGAUCAGCAGGAGGGAUGCAGGUGUUCGAGUGGUGGCCAAGGUGCAGGAGGCAGAGGGGGUGGUGCAGUGGGUCAGUCACACAGGCUCACAUGUCCCUGCCAGCUCCUCGCAGCUUCCUUCCUCCGUGCCUCUGGAGGGCAUGGUGACCCGGCACACCCAGGCACAGGCAGCUCUCCCAGCUGAGGAUCAGGUAGCGCAGGGCGAGCUGCCGAACAAGCACCUGUACAGGGGGCUGCAGGCGGGCGACCUGGAGGAACCCGGGGAGUGGAGGGGACUGGAGGGCAGCACCACGUUUGGUGAUGGCGUAGGGGUGGUGGAACCCUCAAGGUCUCUGCACCGAACUCACCAGCGCCCAGCCGAUUCCAGCCCAGGGGCCUUGAAGAGCCCUUCCUCAUCCUCUCUUUCGGGGGUCUUCAACACGUCCUAUCCCGUCACAAACAGCCUGCAGAGCAUGUCUCCUGUGAUCUCGCCCCUGUCCUCCAAACUCCCCAGCCCUCAGCUCAACCAUCGCAUCGUUCUGCUGCCUGAGGAGGAUGGGGGCCCUGACAGGGCUGGCAGGAAAUGGCCUCAGGGGGCCGCUUCGGCCUUCGAGAGCGGAGAUGAGCCCAAAGUCACCACGGAGAUCAUAGAUAAAAACGGAAACAAAAGGACCAUCACACGUUUGGAUCUGAACCUCAGCAGGCAGGGGGGCGGCUCCAAGUGGACUGCUCCCAGCACGACCAUGACCGUGCCCUCGACCGCAGAGACUGAUAUCUGGCUGCUGGACGGAGAUGAUGCCAUCUCUCAGAGUCACGUGGCCCCACCCAGUCUUCCCAGGCCUGACCACCUGGACUUUCUGAGGAUCACUCCCCCAGAGGAUGACAUCAUCGGUGACACGCCUUACUACCCGACCCUGGAGCUGACGAGAGAAGAAUAG